GUGUGACGGCGUCUGCAGAACAGAAUGGUCUGGACUCACCAGCAGAUUAUCCCUCUGAUGUCAGCAUUGACCAAUCAGGAGCAGCCGCUCUGAGCUCAGACCAAUCACUACCCAGCGCUGGCUCCUCUCACUCUGCAGCCGAUGCAGCUUCUUCACAGAGUGAAACUAACAGAGAUCAGACAGACGGAGCCGACUCACCGGACACUAACGGGAACGGUCGACAGACUCUGCUGACAGACACAAACACAGAUGUGACGAUGAUGUCAUCAGAUGUGAUGAUGAUGUCAUCAGAUGUGACGAUGAUGUCAUCAGGAGGGACGGAGACGGUGACUGGUCUUCACAUCGACCUCACAGCUUCGGGACGCGGACAUGAUGUCACAGAGUCGUCCCCCAUCUUCCUCUACACGGACACAGGUGUGUUCUCCCACACAGAUCUGGUUACCAUGGCAACAGACUCCACAGGGACAGACACGGCAGUUUCAGCCGAUCCAACAGGAAGUCCUCUGGACCUCAGUCGUCCAGCUGUGACCGAUCACACCCAGACAGCUGGUCCAGUCACUGAACAAUACAACCCAUCUGGUCAGGGUCCUGAAGGUGCAGAAAAUGUGGAACUGGAGGAUACCUGCUGACUUCCACAUAAAGCCGCGAGUUCGCUUCCUGCGCUACCGAUUCCAGUGUACCGACCAAUCAGAAUGGCCCAGGAAACCAGACCCCGCCCACUAGCUCUAGGCCCCGCCCACCGAGUGUUUUUUAUAUUUAAUACAUGGAGUUUUUGUUUAUAGACGUUUAUUUUUUAGAGAAAUUAAUAAAAAAUAAAUAAAGUUUCAGCCGAUGAUUGAACGGUGAUUCUGACUCAAUGACAUCAUACAGGAUGUGACAUCAUCAGCCGUCAGGAUUGUAAACUGUGGUUUUAAACUUCUACAAUAAAUGUUUUUGUCUAUUUUGAACAUCAAA